ACCUCAUGCUCACAUCCAUCCGACAGACGCCGACACCCUCGCCGAAUCGGAAAGGGCAGCGAAGUCGAGAAGGAAGGGUCGAAAUGGGUCUGGGUAGACCAUGGUGGCCGACUGCACGAGGCCUGUGAGGCUCGCGUGAUUCAGAGUUUACCCGACGAACCUAAGUGCCGGACGCGUAGCUCGGCUGCACCUUCAUAGGAACAAAAAUUAGCGUGGUACUAAAGUUCCUACAUAUAUAUACACGUCUGCACUCAAAUAGGGCGGGUUUACCAGCAUAGCGUUCGUUCGCUUAAAAAACCAGCGACGUCGAAAAUCUUGUCGCUGUCAUUAUUCUACCAAGUGCGUUUCGGAAAGCUCUUCAGCUUGCUCUUCAAGGCCAAAGACCGAGACAAGAUACGAUUAAAAGUUUUCGACCACAGUGGGCGCUGUGCUGCAGCCAUAGAUGAUCGAGCAACAAGAUUCAGGUAGUUAACAUUAGGAUGUGCAAGGUGCGUGUCUUCUAAACCGAUGGUACAAUAAUUGAGCGCGGACUAGUAACAACGGAGAGAGUGUUUAGGAAAACAGUGGUAAGAGAGAGAGAGAGAGAGAGAGAGAGAAAGAGCCAGGCAGAACAAGAGGGAGAAAAAGAAAUCAUCUCAAGACAGUGUGGUAUAACAUCAAAAAAAAAUAUUAGGUGACAGCAAUUAUCCCGGCUCUACGUCCGUGACACUCGUUGGAUUGCUAUUGCCAUUGUUGGAGAGUGCUUCCCGUUGUGGUAAUUGGCAGUCGUGUACUUGCUGUCGUGUGUGGCGUGUUUUUUGUGCAGGACCAUCCGUACUUGUACUAGUCAUCUAUAGCCAGAAAGGUCCACUUACAUUGAGUCAUCCCGGUGUAACCAGGGUUAGUGAUGCAACUGCACUGGGUGUUAGUGGGGGCUCUCGGAGCACUGGCGUACAGCGCGCACGAGGUGCUCGCCAAGGAAAAACUUCGGAUACCCAUCGGUACGAUUUUACUGCCGAAUCAAGAAGUCUAUGAGAACAUUUUGCGAUAUGCAGUGAAGAACUUUGACAGCUCGCUCUUUGACACUCGGCUUGUCGCGAUGAGAUUGAGUAACGCCGAUUUCGUACAAAUCAACAUGAAAGUGUGUGCGAUGAUGCGCGAAGGUGUCCUCGCAUUCGUCGUAGCUCCUGAUUCCGCACCUGCACUACGGGAGAUGCUCACCUCGUAUUCAUCGCACUUUCACAUCCCGUUGGCAACGUCACUUGCUUCACGGAGCUUCUCUCGAAGCGAGUACGCUAUCUCGACGCAAGUGUCGCUAGCAGACGCCACCGCAUCGCUGUUGCGCCGCUACAGAUGGUCACAGGUGGCCUACAUCUUUGACGACUCUGCCUCCCCCGAUAUUCUAGAGGCAAUCCAGAACUCUGGUGUGAAAAUUUCGAUCGCGAAGAAAGUAAACAAUGAGGCCGAGGCAAGUGACGCUGUUCUGGAGCUGUCUUCGCUGGGCCGAUUAAAGCCGGAAAAGAUCGAAAAGAUUGUACUCAAUGUUAACCGGCCGAGCUUGGCUAAGACAGUGCUAUCUGGAAUGAUCAGGGAAGUCAAGAGCUUCAAGAACCUCAACACCCAGUUCAUCCUCGCCAAUCCGGUCUCGGACGAUUUCUGGCAGUACAUCCGAUUCCGCGAUGCCGGGAGCAGCCUCAACGUGACCGCCUUUCGGCUCGUCGACUCUGAGCUGCCGCAUGUCACGCGCUUCCACAAACAGAUGAUGCAGCUGUCAUCGCACCGAUCCCUAUUUCACAACCAAGGCACUCAGUCAUACUUAUUUCUGGACGCAGUUACUGCGCUGCUUACUGGCUUCGACCGUGUCCUCAAGGACAAUCCUCGCCUUCUCGACCGCAACCUCCGUCACCAUCCCGGCUCUGUCUACUUUAAUGGCACGAAGGGACUCGACUGUAUGGACCAGUCGCGUUUUUUCGAGUAUGGUGACAUUCUGGCAGCGUUUAUAAAGCAAAUUAAGAUCCCACAGGGACAAUCAGGUCCUGUCGAGUUCCAUGACAACGGUGAACGUGUACAACCUACUAUCACAGUAAUCCAAGGCUCCCACAAGGGCCACGUUCGUCUGGGUACAUGGACCGCUAAAAAAGGACUCAUGCUUGCUGACAAGCCUGAAGCACUCCCUCAGAUUAAGGCACCCGGAGCUAUUACUCCAGCUAAGGAGCUCAGCGUCGGUAGUGUCUUGAAUUCGCCGUACCUCAUACAGAGACAAACAGACGGCGAAUUCUCUGGCUUCGUGCCCGAUUUUCUUGAGGCUCUAUCCAACGUCGUCCCCUUCGCAUACAAGAUCCAGGUCGUACGUCAACGCGAUUAUGGACGCCGAUCUGAAAAUGGAACUUGGAGUGGACUCAUGGCUGAGGUGAUCAACAAGAAGGUAGAAAUUGCCGUAUCUGACAUGGCAUUAACAGCGGAACGUCAAGAAGCCGUCGAGUGUACCCAACCUUUCUUCGUUGAUGACCUAGCCGUUGUAAUGGGCCGAACCACCCCCGCAGGCCGGCCAUCGCUAUCCUUCUUCUUUGUACGGGUCUUCUCCUGGCAACUAUGGGCUUGCGUCGCGGCUAUACUCGCAGUCUUUAUUAUCUUCUCAUAUAUACUGAAUCACCUCGCUCAGUCUCGGCAAAGGAACAGUUCGGAAAAAAAUCGACUUCUAUGUCUCGUCUGGUUUACACUGGCCUCGGUGUUCGCCCGUUCGCAAGGACCCCAUGUCAAUUCGAAGGCUUACAGGAUCCUGUUGGCAUCGUGGUGGUUAUUCCUGGCGGUAAUGACCAUCACUUACUUAUCAGCGUGCAUUGCGCUCCUACAAGCUGUCCUGUUUGGCAGUGGACCCGAUCUCUUCAAUAAAGACAAAUUUUGUCGGGAUGCUGCUAACGGAGCCGUUGACGUCGGGUAUAUGCGACAUGGAGCAGUCGAAAAAAUGAUCAAGAAUCAAGCGGAAACGCAGCUUUCAUUUUACGCACAGCUGUUGAAUAACUCUCGGAUCCGCAUUGUUUCCGGCAUUGCUGAAGGAAUGCGUCACGUGGGACCUAACUAUGCUUUCCUCGGACUCAAAUCGCAGGUGGAUUCGUACAUCGGACGCGAUUGCGGUAUAAAGUCGUAUACGCUCAUUCCACAGUUCGCCCAAUAUGCUCUGGUUAUGCCCAAGAUGUCACCGUACAGGGAUAUGUUCAACCAGGGCAUUGAGAAGCUUCGCGAGUCUGGCGUGCUGGCUGAUUUAAAGGAAAAGUGGAUUGAUUCACUAGUACGAUGUCCGCGCGAGGUCGAAGUGCUGGAGGUGCCAGCGCCGAUCAGGUACACAGCCCUUUGCGGCAUGUUCAUAAUCGUGUUGGCCGGGUUCAUACUGGCACUUCUCGCCGGAGUCAUCGAGUUUUGCUGGAGCGCCAAGCGUGAUUCAAGCAAAAGUGAGAAACCAAUUCAGAAAGUGAUGUGGGAUAAGGCGCACGAUUCGUUGAAGCCAUUUACCCAAAAGGAUCCAGCUUUGGGGAACGACGAGGAGAUGACUCUCAACCCAAGUCAAGCUAAUGGCACCCCUAAACAAGUCCGGGUUAUGGUCUAGAACACCUAAACCCAGCAUUCGUCUCCAUCACUCACAAAUCUUUUAUGUCUUCUUUCACUACUAUAACUCCCUCGCCCGAACUAGUCGUAUGUACGUAGUGAAUCCAGCGCCGUGUUGUACCAUGUCUUAGCCAUGUAUCACCGCCAUCAUUUUAUGUACCUACUCAUGUCUUAUGCGAAGACUUCGAUAAAUACAAUUUCAUCGUCCACAAACAUUCAUGUUUGCACCUUCUACCAGAGACCAGAACGAAAGAAAACAUUUGCACAACAUCUGACUCAACUGACAAACCCCGAUUAAUUGUAUAGAUGUAAAGCCUUCUCGUUUGACGAUGCAGAUCCAGCUGUGACGAUCAGAUACGGUAACAAAGACUGACGCAAUGCACCAUACCUAGUGCGUUACAUCACGUAAAAAUUGAACCAGAAGCAAAUCAAUAACGAUAUUUCUAACAGAUAAUUAAAAAUAUAGUCCCAACAUAUAUGGGGCAAGCAGGAGUAUGAUUGACCAUAUAAAUGCACCUCGAACUGAAACCCAAAUAUGGAAUAGAAAGCAAAUCUACAAUCCAAUAUGUAAUAGCUAUCCGUAACGCAUUUGAGGUGAACCCAGAAAUUAAAUAGUGAGCUAAUCCAAUGAGAGAAGGUUUCUACGUUCUAUACGCGAAGGUAUUGUAUAUGUAGUUAAUAGCUACCCUUCUGUUCAAUAUGACUCGAAGGUGAGUCAGCGGAUCUGCCGUCUGACGUAAAGCUGACUGCUCGUGUGCCGUCUAAACAAUCGGAGCAUAGCCUAUGUGACUAGAGCUGAACACAUUGAGAUGUUAAGUAUGCAUGAUGAGGACAGUCAGUCAUCAUGCAUCGUGUGCGGUCUCGGUUGAGCCAAAUGUGACAAUAACAGCUCCUCAAGCAUGAUUUUGUCGCCAUUACCCUCAAGGGAAAAGAAAGAGCUUGCGCGGGUGAAAACUAACGGUAAACCUACGAUUAGAGAAGGUAUUUAAAACCAUACCUUCAAAUUGUAUUUGCUGUAUAUAUCAUGUACUUACAUGAA